GCAGGCCAGACACUCGCCCAUGAACUCGGCGGAACGUCUGCAGCAACCUUUUGGACAGGCACAUCUUUUCUGCUGGCCAACGCAGCACUUGUUCCCUGCAUUGGCGCCGUGUCUGACAUCUUUGGUCGCCGUGAGCUGCUCAUGGUGUCGCUUCUUUUCUUUACCGUGGGGACAGUAGUAUGUUGCACAUCCCACACCAUGACCCAGCUGCUGGCCGGCCGAACCUUGCAAGGUGUUGGGGCCGGGGGCAUCCAGACAAUGUCCUACAUCAUCGUGUCGGAUAUUGUGCCUCUCAGGCAGAGACCAAAAUACGGCAACUUCACCUUGUUGGCCUGGGGCUUAGGCGCCAUCUGUGGUCCCGUCCUUGGCGGUGUGAUUACUGAGCACACAACAUGGAGGUGGCUCUUUUACAUCAACUUUCCCAUCUGCUGUCUUGGGCUCUUGAUUGUUCCUCUCACAGUCAAUCUCAGGCCAGAGAAGAAGAGAACUUUUGCGGAGAACCUUGCCGCUGUUGACUGGGCUGGUGGUGUUUUAUUCAUCGCCAGCAUCUCAAGCUUCUUGGUCGGGCUCACUUGGGCAGGAAUCCAAUUUCCGUGGAACUCUUAUCAAACACUUGUGCCAAUCAUCGUGGGUGCGGUUGGCCUGUUGCUAACGGUGGUUUAUGAGAAACGCGUCCCUGCUUUCCCAUUUUUGAGGGUCUCAGUCUUUAACAGCCUGUCUGCGGUGCUUGUUUACAUCUGCACCACAGUUCAUGGAUUUCUGCUCUUCUCGCACCUGUUUUACAUCAUGUUCUAUUACCAGUCCAUCAAGGCCAUAAACCCGACAAUAGUGGCUGUCAUCAUGGUGGCGGUAAACCUGGUUCUUUUCCCCGCCAGCAUCGUCACAGGCCUGAUGAUUACACGGUUCGGGUCAUUUUUAUGGGCUGUUUGGGGUGGGCUGGCAGUGACAACAUUGGGGAAUGGUCUGUUAUUCCUCUUGGACCGAGACCGUUCAGUGGCAGCAACUGUCUUCAUCUUGCUUGUUUCCAGCAUCGGCCAGGGACUUUUGCUCAGCGCGCUCAACGUGGCUACGCAGACCAUGGCCAAGACAGUUGAUGUCGCGUAUGCAGUCACCAUGUUCAUGUUUAUGCGGACACUCGGCAUGUGUUUGGGAGUUGCCUUGGGCGGCACAACAUUCCAAAAUGUGCUGCUGAGAGCACUUGAAGAAAGGAAAGUCGCUGAUGCUCUCGUCAUUGCAGUUGAUGCAGAGUCAUUUGUGGCGAGACUCCACGCCAUGCAAAGCGGCCCCACAAAGGAUGCGAUACUAGAGUCUUAUGUGAAAGGGUUUCAUGGAGUAUUCAGCCUGUUGGUGGGUCUCUCAGCGUCGUGCUUAUUGGCAAGCUUCUUCAUGAAACACCACACCCUAGAUAGGAAGUUGGAUUCCGAACAUAAACUGCAGGGCAGGCAUUCCCCAAAGGGGGAUGUGAGCGCCUAG